CUGUUCAGGAGCAGCGACGUCACGCAGGGGGCGUGGCCUGCUCAACCUGUGCGCGCUGAUGUUUGAGGGACACUACGCUGAAUCACAGCGAAGGAAAUGUAAACCGUUGGGACGCGACAUCGAGUUUUUCCACCGGCUUUAAACCCGUGAAAGCGUGUGUCGAUGAUUCUUACAGCGGUUUGCAACUUCUGCGAUCCACACGGAGUCUGAAGAACUUAAAGAUGAUGCUCAACUUCUUCCCGGUGCGGAAAUUCAAGCGCAACGGCAGAUAUAUUGUGUUUGGGGCGGUGUUGAUGGUCGCCUUCCUGGCGGCUUAUCUGCAGUUCAUGGCCGUGAACGAGUGGAGCAGCCCCGGUGUGACCGUCCGCACUGAAAGCAUCGGCUGGGCAAACGCUCCUGCUCAACGUGCGGUUCACAUCUCUGACAAUAAACAUGAUAAAGACAUCUGGACUCCAAAAAACACUCAACAGACAUGGAGGGCGGAGUAUAAAGGAAUGGCGAAUCUUCACAUCUUUGAGGACUGGUGUGGCACGUCUAUAUCUCAACUACAGAAGAAUCUACAUUAUCCGUUAUAUCCUCACACUCGUACAACUGUGAAGAAACUUGCUGUGUCACCCAGCUGGACCAAUUAUGGACUCAGGAUAUUUGGAUACAUACAUCCUUAUACCGAUGGUGACUUUCUGUUUGCAGUGGCGUCUGAUGAUAACAGUGAGUUCUGGCUCAGUGAAGAUGAGAAUCCAGACAAUCUGAAGCUCCGCGCUUACGUCGGAAAGACAGGCAGAGAAUGGACUGCCCCAGGGGAAUAUGGGAAAUAUGCCAGUCAGAUAUCAGAUCUUAUUCCUCUGCAAAAGAACAAUAAAUAUUUCUUUGAGCUUAUCCACAAACAAAACGAUCAGGGAACGGAUCAUGUGGAGGUUGCGUGGCAGCUCAAACAGAUCGGGAGUGGAUUUUCAAUCAUCGAUUCCAAGUUCAUCUCCCUCUACACCAACGAGUCCUUGCUGAAGACUGUAGAUGUCAAUCACAUUCCUCAGACCUUUGCCAGUCAUGUGACUCCGCCCCAGAGGUCGUCUGAGACUCCGCCCCAUGGAGUAGACAUGCUGAGAGCAGAUCCUCGAGACUCAUUUCAUCAGGUUCCUUUAUUGGACCGGACGCGUUUGCAGGGAGUUUUACCUGACUGUAUUUAUAACCCCAGCUACAUCAUAAAGGGAUAUCCUCUAAUGCGCUACCAGGGCCUGCAGUUUGUGCACCUAACGUAUGUGUAUCCUAAUGACUACACACGGCUCACACACAUGGAGAACGAUAACAAAUGUUUCUACCGUGGGAAUCCAUACUACCUGGAAAGAUACGGCUUCUCAAACUAUAUUCAGCUGGAUUUGCCUGAAAAUGAGGAGAGAGUCAUCAAAUACAAAGGAGAUGGCAUGGAAGGAAGAGCCAUAAACCUGGGCAGAGAUGAAGAUGAGGGCUUGCAGAAAGCUGGAAAGUAUGAGGAGAAGCAACAAAUGAAAGAUAAGGUUCUCCAGGAAUAUGGAGAUGAUUAUGAUGAUUACACGAUGCAGAGACGCCGUAAACUGUAUUCUGUUCAGAAACAUGGCAGCAUCAGAAAAAAGAGGCAAGACCGGGAACUAGACAACAGAUUUCAACAGAUGGACCAAGACAACCAACCUAAGGCAAUCCAAAAACCGCCUGAAGAACCACAGAACCAGCCAGAGGAACCACAGCAGCAACCAAGAAAGAAGAAGAAAAGGAGACGUCCUGAACAAAACCAGAAGGACCAACACUACCUCCAAAACCCACCUUCUGAGGUGAAGAACUAUGACCAGGGAAGAGAAAAAGACUCACAGCGGUUUCAGAAUCACGUCAUGGAGAACAUACCUGACCGGCAGAAUCCAGGACCAGCUCAAAGAGAAGAUCACUUGAGUCCAGAAGUGAAACAUCAAGUGGACCAAUCGCUUAAUGCUGGAAGAAUUGAGCUCCACCAACAUGAAGCCAAAUACCACAACAGUAGUAAUGGGAAUCCAAAUUUUGUUGCAGUUGGAGACAGAAAUAUUCCUGUGGAGAACAUACGAGAAGCCAAUGAAUUGAAGCAAAGAUCAGUGACCAACCCUGCCAUGUUUGAUGAGGACCAGAGGGAACGUCAUGACCUUGUGAAUCGGAUGGGUAAUCGUAAAGUCUAUCUAGGUGAACCUGUGGAGAAGACACCCAAGAACUCUAGAUUAGAUGAGGUGAACGUAAAAAAGGCAAGGCUGGAGAACACUGCAGAUGAGCUGCCAUCCUUGAAUGGGAAUGAAGUCAAAGCUGAACCAAUGAAGAGGCGCAAACACUCAAAACAUAAAGCAGAUGAAGCCCUGCACGUUUUGGAGAACAACCCAGAAAAGGCUGUAGUAGAUGACAUCAAUAUUCCAAUCAAGAACAAUAAUGUGGCUUUUCAUCUUCAGAUUACCCAACAUCCACUUCAAAACCCAUUGUAUAACGAGACCAAUGAGCUUCAGGCAUUGGUCAUCACAGCUCCUUCUAACAAAGAAUAUAACAACCGCUGGGAUCACAUGAAUGAUGGCAGAAAGGAAAAAGAGAUUCAGGAUAAUGCGAUGCAUAUAGAAGAGGUUGAAGAUGGAGGAGAUGGAGGAGAUGAAGAAGACUCUUGGGUCAAACAGGGUUUCUCAGAGGAAGACGACUAUGACCUCACAAACAGGGCUGUGUUUGACGUGGAAGUCAAGUGGUCUCAGACGUUCCAGGCCAAACCUCUAGAUCUGCACGCCUUGCGCUCCGACUGGAUCGAUCUGAAGUGUAAUGUGUCUGGAAACCUGCUGCUCGAGGAAUCGGAAGCGUUGUCUGUAGUGGAAGCUUUCAUGAAGAAACUAAACAAGAAAUUUCCAAGGCAGUUCUCUCUAGAGCGUAUUGUGAACAUUGCGAAGAAGCCUGAUUAUAAUCGUGGCAGUAGAUAUCUACUGGAACUGGACCUGCAGGAGGCUUCAGGACGCCACCUGCGUCUGGUUCAGUACAUCUAUGUGAAACGAACUGAAGAUCGGGGUUUUCACAAAAAGCAAAAGGCUCAGGACGCAGAACUUAAACUUUGCAAUCCAUAUCGCUUCUACUGGAACCCGACUGCUACCGUCCACUUCAUCGUCCCAGUGAAGAACCAGGCCCGUUGGGUGCAGCAGUUUAUUUCAGACAUGGAGGAGAUGUACCGCACCACUGGAGAUCAAAACUUCAAUGUCAUCAUUACUGACUAUGAAAGCACUGAUAUGAACAUAGAACAAGCUCUACAGAACUCAUUCUUGCCUAGGUAUCAAUACCUCAGGUUAAGUGGGAACUUCGAGAGAUCAGCAGGACUGCAGGCAGGAAUAGACCUCAUUUCUGAUGAUCACAGCAUUGUGUUUCUCUGUGACCUGCACAUUCAUUUCCCUCCUGGCUUCAUCGACACUGUGAGAAAACACUGUGUGGAGAGACACAUGGCCUUUGCUCCGAUAGUCAUGAGACUGAACUGUGGCGCUACACCCCUGGAGCCUGAUGGUUAUUGGGAGGUCAAUGGCUUUGGUCUUCUGGGCAUUUAUAAGUCAGACCUGGACUCCAUCGGGGGCAUGAACACCAAAGAAUUCACUGACCGCUGGGGCGGAGAGGACUGGGAACUACUGGACAGGAUCCUUCAGGGGGGGCUGGAGGUGGAGCGACUCUACCUGAGGAACUUCUUCCAUCACUUUCACUCAAAGCGUGGAAUGUGGAACCGCCAGAUGCUGCGCAACACGUAACCAACGCUUACAAUGGCACUUUAAACUUCAGGACAUUCCAGAUGUGUUCCAGAUCACAUCUGACUGAAGGUGAAUGUGAGGUGACCGAUUAAUGGAAACACACAGAGACUCAGGACAAAGACGUCUGUGAUGCUUGGAUUGAACAAUGUUGCAUCCAGACCCCUCCAGAUCAUUUCCAGAGUUGGAAUGUUUCUCACAAGCUAGCUAUGCUAUCAAGAGUGAAUUUUUUAUUAUUUUUUUUAAUAAAGGAAGGAACUGAUAUAAGUUAUUGAUGCCUUCAGCAUCUCUUGGUUAUUGUUGUUGUCACUUCCAGAUCAAUCAAACGCCUUCAGUCGCGUCUGGCUGAGUAUUCUGCUCUAACAGACAGAAAUGUGACAUUUAAUGAGAUGUAUAUACUGAAAAAAUGUGUAUUUAUUCAGGUAGGUAAGUGUCUUGGGUGAGGGUUGACUUUGCACAUUGUUACAUAUGUUUUAUGCUGUGUGACCUCUUGGGGACUGAAAGAAUCUGGCCGAAACUGAAGAGAUGUGCAAUAUUCCUAUAGCAUGUUGGUCUAAGAAAAACAAUUCAUUCAGGUGAGAAAUGCUGUCAAUCUCACAAAGACUGUGAAGAACGUGUCUUGGUCAUAUAACAUUUUCAAAAUAUAAAAUUAAUUACAUUUUGUUAAAAGAAUAGUUUUUUUUUCAGUACUUUUUAUAAAAGUUAAGCGCAAUGUACUCCCCAAUUCUCAUUACUGGAAUGCACACAAAUAGCCAUAUUAAAUUCAAAGUAUAUAUGUGUCAUGGUAGCAUGAAAUGACCAUCCAUGUUUUCUGUGAUAUUUGCCAUUUUAUAGUGGUAUUGCAGGCGUUUUAAAGCUGAAAAAGCUCUUUUUGUUCAAUUGAAAGAGAUUUUCCAGCAUUUUCUAUCUUCAUGAUACGUUCCAGUGAGUAGAUCUGUUGAUUUACACUGAUUCAGCCCUUUACAGUAUUAAUUAAAGCAAUCCUAAUAUUCAUUAAACGCAAUCAAUUUCAGUUCUUUUCCAUAGGGUUAUUAUUUGGUUUGUUAUGAGUUUGUACUCUGAUGAAUUACAUGCAACCUUUUCCCACUGAUAACUGAGAUAAGACAUGCUCGGUGUGACUGAAAGGUUAUCAGAUCUACUCUGUUUUGUAGGGAUUUGGCGCUGUUUUUAGAGUAUAUUUUUUAACCAUUGAGGUUAGUUUGUUUUUUGGUGGGCUCAUUAUUUUCUUUUUUUUUUUUAUCUGACAUUCACAUAGUGUGUUACUUAAAAAUCAAGUUAUUUAUUUAUUCUUCCGUAUUUUGUAAGUGGCAGAAUGGAAAUGACCUUUAACAAAUUUAUGUAGAUCACCAACAACCUUAAAAUAAAAAGUUUCUUCUGA